AUGGGAUGUCAUGUAGAUAUGUUACAAGGUAUUGUAGUCUAUUCUAAAUAGAAUGUAAAGUUGAUGAAGAUGUGAAAUCAAGAAUUAGCGUUUACAAUUAGGCUCUUGAUAAAAUGCAAAGGAUCCCAAAAUUAAGAAAAGCAAGUAUAUUAAAUUUUAUCUUAGUAUUCAAUCCAAUCGUUUAAAGAAGAAAAAUGCAAAAAUAGGAAGAAGACUGA